UUUGGCCGGUGUCACUUUGCCAAGGAACACGGCAAGCAUGGCAGAGAAGCAAGUCGAGACGCUCAAGUCUCGCAUCAUCAGUAACGCAGAGUCGACGCAAUCCUAUCUCAAGCGAAAGACUUCCCAACUCGAUCAGGAGGUCUACAGACCCACAAGCCGUGCUUACAAGGACGUCUUCGCGGCUCAUCCCAUCGCGCUCACUUUUCUGAGCCUGCUCGCAACCACCUCGGCCGUCCCUCUGCUCAUUUUCGCCGGAUUUGCCGCCACGACUUUGGCGGUCUUAUUGGCUCUGUCGGGCGCUUUCAUCGCGUUUUGGUCCUUCAUCGUCAUCGGCUCAGCGGCUCUCGUACUAGGCUUUGCUCUCAGCAUCACUUUGCUCGUCUCGCUCAUUGGCACAGUCAGCCUAUUGGGCGCCUUCCUCACCUACAGAUUCUAUCAUCACAUCACAACGUCACCUAACCCGACAGAAGGCAUCCAGUCGUUCAAGCGAGAGCUCGCAGACCGCUCUCAGGCUUCAGCUGACGCUUCCAAAGAGCUACGUCAGAAACGCAAGCAGCUCAAACAAGAACUCCAAGCGAGCAGAGAUAAGCUAGGAGAUGUUGCAGGCGAGGUCAAGGAGGACGCUGCUGAGCAUGUCAAUUCGAGCGCUGCCUCCAUCUCGGGAGAGUCAACACUCGCUGAUUCCGACUCACCCAAGGCAGAAUGA